AUGGCUUCUCAAGACCCUUUCGACUCGGCGCUCGACCUCCUCCGACGUCUCGACCCGAAGCACACGACAACCCAUCUCAACAACAUCAUCUCCCUCGCUCCAGACCUGACCGAAGACCUCCUCUCCUCCGUCGACCAGCCCCUCACCAUCAAGCGCUGCCGCCAGACCGGACGCGACUACCUGCUCUGCGACUACAACCGCGACGGCGACUCGUACCGCUCGCCCUGGUCGAACCGAUUCGACCCUCCCUCGAUGAGAGUGGACCCGGCGGCGGAGCUUUAUUACGAGGGUGGUGUGAGCAGUGUCUACUUUUGGAACUUGGACGAUGGCUUCGCGGGAGUGGUGCUCCUAAAGAAAGGUGCGCUUCUAUCACUUCCUACUAUAUACAAUAUCCCCAGUCUGGGUGGCCGUGUGUGCGAAACUUUAGCUUCCCUCUGGCGGCGGUACCUCCAAGGAGUCUGGGACUCCAUUCACGUCUUCGAGGCUAUCGAACGUGGUCGAACGACUCACUACAAGCUCACAUCUACCGUCAUCCUGCAUCUUUCUACCGCAUCUGGUGGCGCCUCUUCCGACAUGGAUCUCAGUGGCAACAUGACCCGCCAGGUCGAGCAGGAACUUCCCGUUGAAUCUGAUGACUCGCACAUUGCCAACGUCGGACGACUUGUCGAGGAUAUGGAACUCAAGAUGCGCAAUCUACUCCAGGAAGUCUACUUUGGCAAGGCCAAGGACGUCGUCGCGGACCUGAGGAGCUUGGGUAGUCUGAGUGAGGGAGCGAAGGAUCGGGAAGCGCAAAAGGAGAUUAUCGGGAGCAUGAGGAGGUAA